AUGCCAAUUCAGACGUCAUACUCUGAAGUGUAUGGGCGCACAGCCACAUACUACUCCUUUGAUUAUAUCCCUAAUCAGGUAACAAAUGAUAGAUUUCAUAGCAAUCUAUGCCUUCUGCAGCAUAGAUGCUUACCAGCUGAACGCUGCAGAGAUAAAGCUUCUCGUGUUACAUACAAGAGCACCCAGACUCUGCGCAGUGAUAAAGAUGCUCACAAAGCUCCAACAUAUCGCCAUUAUUCUAAGGCUGCUGAAGCGAUUCUGGAGAUGGACUGGAAAACAGAUGUCGAAAGGCGGCAGGUGCUACAAGCUUUUGCUGGAAAGGAUUACAAUAGCAAAAGAACCACGUUUGCGAGAGCAGCUGCUGCGCAAAAGAGAACGGUGCUGAUGUCCGAUGCCCCUGAAGACCUUCGAGAACUAACAGGGGGUGAGGAGUUCCUCGGAUUACAAAAUGAAGACCUCCACAUAUAUUUUUCCGAGGAACUCGUUCGAAUUCCAAUUUUAUAUGCCGUAUCGCGCUUUAAAACCCUGGAAACCUACAAAACAAUAUUCGCCCUGCUUAAUGGAGCGCUGACCACUAGGAAUAUGCGCAUAAUCCUAGAUUACGAAAAGGCCGCGAUACGUGCAGCGAGAGAAGUUUUCCCGGAAGCAAUCAUAGAAGGCUGCGCAUUCCACCUCGCCCAAGCGUGGAAUCGCAGAUCCGCUGAUUUGGGACUUCGACGCUUCGUCAGGGGACCACAAAAGAUAAGUGUUGUUGCAAAUUGGUGGAAAACAUUGAAAGGCCAUAUCGCUCACGAGGCAUGCAGAAAUUUCCUAAACUACCUGCGCACUGUUUGGCUGACUGGUGUCUAUGCGAAUUUGUGGUGCAAAUGGGAGCACGAGGAGUUAAGAACCACAAAUAUCGCUGAGGCGUUCCAUAGCAAGCUGCGCACCAUUCUCUCAAGAAGAAUAAAUCCGCCGUUUGAGGAGCUUCUAGACUGCAUUCGUGAGCAGCACACUCUUGCUCUGGCUAAAAUGCUGUAUGCUGGAGAGAACAAUACAGCUACGAAGUCCUUACGCAGCAGGGAUCGCCUCAGGAGAGAAAAAAUUAACGCCGCCAUGGCACAUUUCAAAGAGGUAGUGGAUGAUAACGAUGAGGUUGCAGUGGAGGACAUAGUAGAAUAUUGUCUUAAUAUGUCUCGUUAUGUUUCAGAAAAAUUAGUUUAG